GUUAUUUUAUGACUACGCCACUGCUUGGUUUGCAAUAGUCGUUCGAUUAAGAAGCUGAUUGCUUAUGCAGUACUAUUUGCGACGCAGUCGUGAUCUAACGAGUGAUGAAAUUCUUAGUGCAAUUACCGGUAUUUAGUGUUUUGUGUUUCAUUCACUUGCGUCUCACCGAUGCAUUUUACCAGUGUGGCAUCAGACAGCACGGCUUCCUUCCGCUGGUCCACCAGGGAUGGGUAGUAGAAGAGGGCCAAUGGCCCUGGCAUGCGGCCGUGUUCCAUAAGAUAGACGGUGUGGGGUUCCAAUACAAGUGCGGAGGUACAUUGGUGAACGAGAGACACGUACUGACGGCAGCUCAUUGCGUAGUGAAACGCAUCUCUCGGAACUUACUGUUGCCGGCGAUCUUGCAUGAGAUUGAACUGCACUUCGGUCAGCACAAUCUGUCGAAGGUGACCGAUAACGUGGUGAUUCGCGACGUUAGCAAGGCCCAUGUUCACCCGGAAUACGGAGUGCAUAGGAAUGAUAUAGCGGUGCUGGUGCUCCGGUUGCCGGUGGAAUACUUUGAAUACGUCAUUCCAAUCUGUUUGGACCAGAAAGUGGACCGUGACUUACGGGAAUUGGAAGGCCUACGCGGUUGGAUUGCCGGAUGGGGUACGACGGAGAAUGAAACCAUAUCGGAGGUUCUACGGACUUCUUCGCUACCCAUAGUGGGUCACGUGCAGUGCCUCAAAGACGAUCGACUGCUGUUCGGGAACAUUUUGGACGAAAAUGUGUUCUGUGCUGGAUAUAGAAACGGAACCAGCCCGGGACCGGGAGACAGUGGGGGUGGCUUGUACGUCAGUGAUGGCGACCGUUGGGUUCUCAGAGGUAUCGUUUCGUUCGGAAAGCUGAACGAAGUGAAGCACAAUGUGGACCCGUACAAGUACACCGUGUUCGUUAACGUUCAACAGUAUCUGACGUGGGUAAAAGAAGUUCUUGCUGAAAGUGAACCACAAAGGGACAGGACGCAGAAACGGAUCAGUGAAAGCGAAUGCGACAGAUUUCGCAGUUUGUCGAAAAAGCGAAGAAAUGGCGAUUGUAUCAACAAUAGACACCCGCAUAAUGUGAUGAUUCUCCAGCCUGACGGAAAGUUACUGUGCAAUGGUGUCUUAGUAGAAGAAAACUAUGUCAUUACAACUUGCAAUUGCGUUCGUCCAGCGCAAUACCGACCGGUGAAGGUACGAAUCGAAGCAUACGGCGAAGUGGAAGUGGCGGAAAUGUUCUGCCAUCCGAAGUUCAUCGACAAGAAAACCCACUACGACUUGGCGAUUUUGAAAUUGUCCAGAGCUGUCACGCUCUCCAGCAGUCUGAUUCCUGCCUGUUUGGCAAAUGACUGGACGGAAAACCUGUACGAUAUUCUUUUGCAGAGCACGUUUGUGCACGAGGGGCAAGAUCUGAUAGUGUUAUACGAAUCGGACGAGAACAGGAUUACAACCACUGAGAAAUGCAAUUCCAUGUUCGAGUACUGGAUGGUAGAAGAAACCAACAAUGAUAGCGCAAUAUGCGUCAUUAAUACCGAUCCACUGAGACGUGCUUCGUAUGGGACACGUGCGUCCACUGGAGAUGCACUGCAGUCGAGCAAUAGGCGAUCCUGCAUGUUCACCGUAGUCGGUGUAAAAGCCAGAAGUUCGGAUAAAUAUUUUACCAGGAACAGUGACCUUCCUAUGGUGGACGCGUAUGCCAGAAUAUCCUACCAUUUGGACUGGAUCGAAGACUCAAUCUGGAAUGUUCAGCCUAAAGGUAAGUGA